UGCAGAAAACACACCUGAUCAAGCGAAAACAACACACCUGAGCGCUGAAGCAGGAAUCAAAUGAACGCGAAAAUAAAGCGCUAAUUUUGGGCAAAUUUGACAGAACACGACGAUAAGCGAAUUUCCUUGAUCUUUAUAAUUCAGUAUGGUUGUUUAAGUACGGCUGAAGGGAUUGACGAAUUUUUGAGGACUAACACAAACACAUCAGGAUCUGUCAGAAAUGAGUUCGUGUCGUUUCGGAUUUCUCUUCUUGCUUCUCGUCCCGGCUUUUUAUGUCGCAGGAACCGAGAGCGAUACACCCGAUAUAGAACAAAAGUGUGAUAAAAAGUUUAUUUCAGGACGGGAAGGUUUUGUUUUGGAUACACAAGCGUCGAUCCGCAAUGGUGCCACUUUCCUGGCGAACCCGAAUGUCUUGGAUAAGGAUGAAUGUACUGCUGCGUGCUGCACUGAUGAGGAGUGUAACCUGGCCCUCGUAGAAGCCGUGGAAGAGCAGGAAUUUGUCAACUGCUUUCUCUUCGACUGCUUAUAUAAGCAGGGAUAUGUCUGUAGAUUUAUCAAAAAUCCGAAUUUUACGAGUUAUAUCCAGAAUUCAGUGUAUGAGGAUUACCUGAAGGGACGCAAUGAUGAUGAGAAGGACAAUCCUCCUAUUGCCAAUGGGGGGAAGGAUGUGGUGGUGCAGUCUCAUGAUGAGGUCAUGCUGAAUGGCAUAGAGAGUUUGGAUGAUAAGAAGAUCGUAAACUACACAUGGACCCUCGUUAAGGGAAACGCAUCUGUUGUGAUGAAGAAAACAGAGCUGCGGGAUCAGAUAAGAGUAUCCAACCUGUUUCCUGGGCUGUAUGAUUUCAGACUGACAGUGACUGAUUCAGCACAGCAGUCUGAUUCAGCUCAAGUCACUGUGCUGGUUCUUUCUUCUGAGCAGUCUGAGCGUCACUGUCUGACCCCUAAAAAGGUGGGUCCCUGUCGAGGUUCUUUCCCACGUUGGCAUUACAACGCUGCUUCCAAACUCUGUGAGGAAUUCAUGUUUGGAGGCUGUAAGGCCAAUAGUAACAACUAUCUCAAUAAGGAGGAGUGUCUGGAUGCCUGUGAAAACACCACGGUGACGGUCAGUGGUGAGGCAAGAAAAGUGUUUAUUGAAGAUACUGUUUGUCAUUCUCAGUGUAUGGAAGACCAGUUUCAAUGCUCUAACGGCUGCUGUUUAAAUGAAGAGAUGGAGUGUGAUGGCGUGGAGCAGUGCAAGGAUGGUUCUGAUGAGGCCAGCUGCACAAAAUCGAAAGCAGGCCUAUCCCGACUUCUUGAAAUUAAAGGAAAUAGUAAAGCUCACUGUACUGAACCACCAAAGUCAGGCCCGUGUCGAGCCAGUUUUAAAUUCUGGUAUUAUGAUGCCUCUAGUGAGAAGUGUCAUCAGUUCAUCUAUGGUGGCUGUGAUGGCAACGACAACAAAUUUAUAGACAAAGAUGCUUGCAUGGAGGAAUGCUCCGGUGUCACAGAAAAUGAUGUGUUUGCGAGAGGAUUAUUUAGUGUAAGAGAAGAAGAUCUAGGUGAAAGCCAGUCAGCCUCUACUGCUUUGGCUGUGGUUUUGGUUGUGGCCAUCUUGGCUGUUCUGGCUGUGUUGGGUUAUUGGUUCAUCAAGAACAGGAGGAAGAAGCGUGAACAUCAGCCUGUGGCCAAUAGUCCUUCAGUGGGCUACACUGAUGAUCCAACUCAAAAGCACCUCCAAAGCAUCACUCCUUAAAGUCUUUCUGCCACAUGGUCUGCUGCUCAGUAUGAAUGAUAACUGACUGUGGUGACUGGUGGCUCAUGGCAACUUGAAUGCAUGAAAAAAUUCUCAGAAAACAAGAUCCUGACUUCAACAUGAAACCUAAUUCAUGCGUCUUGAGUCACUAUUCUGGGUGUUUUGUCUCAGCUGUGUAAAUGCUAAAGGCAUUUUUUCUUCGCGUUUUAAAUCAGGGCCCAAACACUAUACAACAAAAGUAAAGACAGUAGUGUGUUCGUUGGAUGAAUGUUGAGAGAACGAGUGAGAAGAUUGUAAAAUGUUGAGAAUUUUAAAUCCUGCUUUUCUAGGAGAACUCAGGUGAGAAUAAAGCCAUGUUCAGUGAGGUUAAGGCAGAAAUGUUCUUACGGUUGUUGACCGUUUUUUUAUACAAAGAUUUGUUUAACUUACAGCCAUAUUUUGGCAUAUUAACGGCUUUUAGGGGGUGAAUUUCUUGAAUUACAUGUUAAUGUUUGUGUUGUAAUUUUAUUUCCAUGACAGUGAUACAUAUAUUAUGGCGUGACUUAAUUAUGUUUCAUACGAAACACAAGUAAUGUGUUAUAUUUGAACCACAAGCACGUGUAUCUCAGAGAAGUUGGCUGUGGAGUUGUUUAAUGUUGUGUUCUUGAUGGACUUGUUUUGAAAAUGUCCGUUUUUCUCUAUAUGUGUAAUAAAGAUAAUCCAUUUACUAGUA